GUGAGCAUGCUACAUGUAUACAAAUUCAACGGUGCAUAUAUGCAUGUGCUCAUUGAACUGAAUGAGUAGACUAACCCAACUAGGUGUAUCAUAUCACUUUCUUCUGUUUCACAUGCAAUUCCUAUUUCUUAAUUAUGUGAGUUCUCACUCAACUUGUUGCCAUCAUUCUUUCAAAUUUCAGCACAACUUUCAUUUUGCCAUCAUUCCAGUUGUCCACAAGUGACCACGUUUUGAGGUACAUCCUAUAAAAUCCUUUUAGAAGGAUAAUCUUCUUGCCUCACAUACUGACAGAACAGAAGAUACUCUAAGCAGAAAACAAAGUAGGAAGGAAUGAAUGCUUUCAAAAAAUGCACUGCAAAAGCAUUCAAAAUCCCAUCCAUUUCCCUCACAAAGAAAUCACUUCUUCCCUUCACACUCAUUGCAUUUCUAUGUUUAUACUUGUACCUUCUGUCCUUUGCACCAUCACCAGAACCUGAUCACCUUCCUCAUUCUACAACCCACAUCACCCACCAACCCUUACUUCCUACUUCUCCCCAUUUGUCCCCUGUUCCAUCCCCUGAACCUGAUAACCACUACUCCUCUGUUUCAGCACCACCUCCUCUGUCCCCAACUCCAAUCUAUCCUGAAAUUCUGCUUCCUAAUUCAAGAUACAUCACCCACAAUCCCUCUAUUUCUCCAUCCCCAUCACCUGAGAUUCCUCAUUCUACCCACACCACAUAUCACUCCUCUGUUUCUGUAUCUCCCCCUCAAUCCCCUGCUCCAUCCCCUGCAUCUGAGCUUCCUCAAUAUCCUAUCCACACCACCUACCAUAUCUCUCUUCCUCCUUCACCCUAUCUGUCCAUUUAUCCUUCCCAAGAAUCUGAACUUCCUCUUCCUACCUACAUCACCUAUCAUUCCUCUGUCUCUGAACCUGCUCCUUUGUCUCCAUCCUCUAUUUCUCCACCUCCUCCUCUGUCUCUUAUUCCAUCACCAGCUCCUCAGCUUCCUCAUUCCAGAUACAUUACCUACGAUUCCUCUCUUUCUACUUCUCCCUCUCCAUCCCCUACUCCAUCUGCAGGGCCAGAUAGUUCUCACUCCACCCACAUCCCUUAUAAACAAUCUUUUUCUGUUUCUCCCACUCUGUCCCUUACUCCACCCCCUACUUCUGAGUUUCUUCAUUCUAGUAACAUCAUCUACCACUCCUCUCUUCCCGCUUCUCCUGCUCCUUCUUCUUAUCCAGGAAAGGAGAAAGCAUACAAGAGACCAUGUGACUACUUCAAUGGCAGAUGGGUUCGAGAUAGAAGAAGCCCUUUGUACAAUGGUACAUGUGGUGUGAUCAGAGAACCCCAGAAUUGUAUAACUAAUGGCAGGCCUGACAUGGGGUAUCUUCACUGGAGAUGGAAACCAAGAAGGUGCAAUCUUCCAAGGUUUGAUCCUGAGACUUUUCUUCAAGUCAUUAGGAACAAGCAUGUAGCUUUUGUCAGGGAUUCUGUGGCUAGGAACCAAUUAGAGUCCCUUAUUUGCAUGCUAUCCUCUGCUUCAACACCCAAACUUGUCUAUAGAGGACUUGGUUGGUGGCAUUUUCCUUCUCACAAUGCAACGUUAUCAUCAUAUUGGGCCCCAUUUCUUGUGCAAGGUGUUCAAAGACAACUUACAGGGCCCGGGCCACGGCAUAACACAAUGUACUUGGAUCAAGUUAAUGAGAGUUGGGAUAAGGACAUGGAUCAAAUGGAUCUAAUUGUGCUUGGAUUUGGACAUUGGUUUGCUGACAUUCCUUCAGUUUACUAUGAGGGUGGCUCAGUUUUAGGUUGUCAAAACUUUCCUGAUCUCAAUUGCACUGAUAUUGGUUUCUAUGUCCCAAUAAGAAAAGCUUUAAGAACAUCUCUUAACAGAAUAAUUGAGAGGAAAGCAGCUCAAGGAAAUGAAGGUGGUGUUAUUGUGAGAACAUUCACACCUGUUCAUUUUAAAGGUUCGUGGGAUAAGGGUGGUACUUGUUCAAAGACUAAACCUUAUAAACAAGGGGAGAAGAAACUUGAAAAUAGGGAUGCUGAGAUUAGAAAGAUUGGAAUGGAGGAAUUGCAAAAUGCUAAGGAAAAAGCCAAACAAUUUGGAGGGUUUAGGUUUGAGAUAUUAGAUCUAACAAAGUUAGCAUCAAUGAGACCAGAUGGACAUCCCGGUGCUUAUAGGAGUCCAUUCCCAUUUGCUAAGGGGGUUCCAAAGAAUGUGCAGAAUGAUUGCACUCAUUGGUGCUUACCUGGACCUAUAGACACAUGGAAUGAGAUUGUUCUUGAGAUGAUGAAGAAAUGGGAGGAACAAUCAAGAAGUGAUGAGUGAUGCAUUUAUAUAUCUCUUGUUAAUUUAUUAUUGCACUAACCUUUUCAUAUGUUAAAUUCAUUUUGUUUACACUCUCUUCUUUCAUAUAUGGAACAUAUGUUGUUUUAAAUUUACAAUUUGAAAGGAACACAUCUUAAUUUCUCGCAAAAUACAUUUACAUUCCUUCCAUCUCAUUGUUUU